AUGCGGUGCCUCGCUCUGCUCGGCCUCGUCGCCUGGGGCCUGGGGAGCUGGGCCGGGCCCAGCGGCGGAGCGUCCCCCCCGCCCUGCCCGGCCUCCUGCAGCUGCGACGGCGACCGCGGCGUGGACUGCUCCGGGCGGGGGCUGGCCGCCGUGCCCCCGGGACUCAGCGCCUUCACGCACGCCCUAGAUAUCAGCAUGAAUAACAUCACAAGGCUACCAGAGGAUGCGUUCAAGAAUUUUCCCUACUUGGAAGAGCUGCGACUGGCUGGCAAUGACCUUUCUUUUAUCCAUCCGAAGGCCUUGUCUGGGUUGAAAGAACUCAAAGUUCUAACCCUACAGAACAAUCAGCUGAAGACUAUACCUAAUGAGGCCAUCAGAGGAUUAAGCGGUUUACAGUCCUUGCGUUUAGAUGCUAACCAUAUUACUGCCAUACCAGAAGACAGUUUCGAGGGUCUGGUGCAGUUGCGUCACCUUUGGUUGGAUGACAACAGUCUGACAGAAGUUCCCAUCUAUCCACUCAGCAAUCUCCCCUCUCUGCAGGCGUUAACGCUGGCUCUUAAUAAAAUAACGCACAUUCCUGAUUAUGCAUUUACGAACCUUUCAAGUCUUGUUGUUCUACAUCUUCAUAAUAAUAAAAUAAAAACCAUAGGAAAACACUGCUUUGAUGGAUUAGACAACCUUGAAACCUUGGAUUUAAAUUAUAACAACAUGGUAGAGUUCCCCGAAGCCAUAAAAGCACUCCCAAGUCUAAAGGAGUUGGGAUUUCACAGUAACUACAUUUCCAUAAUUCCUGAUGGUGCAUUUGCAGGAAACCCCCUUCUAAGAACGAUACAUUUGUAUGAUAAUCCUUUGUCUUUUGUGGGGAACUCAGCAUUUCAGAAUCUGUCAGAUCUGCACUCCCUGGUCAUUCGGGGUGCCAGCAUGGUGCAGUGGUUUCCUAAUUUGACAGGAACCGUUAAUCUGGAGAGUUUAACUCUAACAGGGACCAAGAUAAACAGUAUUCCUGGUAAUUUAUGUCAAGAGCAAAAGCUGCUACGAACUUUGGACUUGUCUUAUAACAAUAUAAAGGACCUCCCAAGUUUUAAGGGCUGCCACUCCUUGGAAGAAAUUUCCUUACAGCAUAAUCAAAUCCAUGAAAUCGCAGAGGAUACCUUUCGAGGACUGUCCUCCCUUCGCAUUCUUGACCUCAGUAGAAAUCGGAUCCAUCAGAUCCACAAGGAAGCUUUCACUGCUGUUGGAGCUAUUGUUAACCUAGACCUAAGUUUCAAUGAACUCACUUCAAUUCCAGCUGAGGGAUUGGGUGGACUGAACCAGCUUAAACUUGCAGGCAAUUCUGAGUUGAAAGAAGCUUUGGCAGCAAAGAACUUUGCAAAGCUCCGGUCACUCUCUGUACCGUAUGCUUACCAGUGCUGUGCAUUUUGGGGUUGUGAUUCUUAUUUAAACUCUAAUGCUGAAGAUUCCAGUCACCAAGAUCAAGGUGCCUUGAUGGAUCGUGAGAAGGCUGAUGCAGAUGUUCUAAGAAAUGAGGAAAAUGAGGAACUGGGGCAGACUAUUAUUCACUGUACACCAGCAACAGGUGCUUUUAAGCCUUGUGAAUAUUUAUUGGGCAGCUGGAUGAUUCGACUUACUGUCUGGUUUAUUUUUUUGGUUGCUUUGUUCUUCAACCUGCUUGUCAUGUUAACGAUAUUUGCAUCCUGUACUCCAUUGCCAUCUUCCAAACUGUUUAUAGGCCUGAUUUCUGUCUCUAACUUAUUUAUGGGAGUCUAUACUGGUAUUUUAACUUUCUUGGAUGCUGUCUCUUGGGGAAGAUUUGCUGAAUUCGGCAUAUGGUGGGAGACUGGCAGUGGUUGCAGAGUUGCUGGGUUUCUUGCAGUCUUUUCGUCAGAAAGUGCCAUUUUUUUCCUGAUGUUGGCAGCUAUUGAACGGAGCUUCUCUGCGAAGGAGAUCAUUAAAAAGGGGAAAAGCAAUCGCCAAAAACAAUUUCAAAUUGCGGCAGUUUUUGCUUUCCUGUGUGCCGUGGUAGCGGGAUGCUUACCACUUUUUUAUAAAGCGGAGUACUCGGCAUCACCCCUUUGCUUGCCCUUCCCCACUGGAGAAACACCUUCCUUAGGUUUCACCGUAACUUUAGUGCUCCUCAAUUCAUUAGCGUUUUUGCUAAUGGCUAUUAUCUACACCAAACUGUAUUGCAACUUGGAAAAAGAGGACCUCUCUGAAAACUCGCAGUCCAGCAUGAUUAAGCAUGUCGCUUGGCUAAUCUUCACAAACUGCAUCUUUUUCUGCCCUGUUGCAUUUUUCUCAUUUGCACCGUUGAUCACUGCGAUUUCUAUCAGCCCUGAAAUCAUGAAGUCUGUUACUUUGAUAUUUUUCCCGUUACCUGCUUGCCUGAAUCCAGUUCUGUACGUCUUCUUCAACCCGAAGUUCAAGGAAGACUGGAAGCUGCUCAGGCGCCACGUGACCAGGAGGAACGGAGCGGUAGCAAUUGCCGUCAACGCUCAAGGGGGCUGCGUGACACAGGAUUUUUACUACGACUGUGGCGUGUACACCCAUUUGCAGGGUAACAUCGCCGUGUGUGAAUGUUGCGAAUCGCUCCUUUUAUCCAAGCCCGUGCCCUGUAAACAUUUAAUAAAAUCGCACAGCUGCCCCGCGCUGGCAGUGGUGCCUUGCCAGAGGCCGGAUGGCUACUGGUCGGACUGCGGCACCCAGUCAGCCCACUCCGACUACGCGGACGAGGACGACUCCUUCGUGUCGGACAGCUCAGACCAAGUGCAGGCCUGCGGCCGUGCGUGUUUCUACCAAAGCCGAGGAUUCCCUUUGGUUCGUUACGCCUACAACAUACCGAGAAUUAAAGACUGAAAAGGCUUUUUGCCAUCAGCUGUUCUAAUAAAGAGGUAUAACGCUUUGUAGGCCGUUGCCUGUUUUGACCUUUCGAGCAGGAAGCACUUUUGUAAUCGUUUAGUGUCAUUUGUAAAGAAGGGAAGCGGGCAGUAACUUCUUGAGCCAUACAUUUAAAAAUAA